CGCGCAGCACCUGAGAUAAACUUGGAAAACAUGGAAGUUGAUGAAAAUAAUGAGCCGCACCACUAUGUGCGAACAGCAGAAGAUGUUAAGGCCAUUGUCAGGCAUGCCAAAAUGGACGAACGUCAGUUGACACAACUCACGCAGGCUUUGUAUUAUCCGAGCGCCGAUGUGGUCAGCGAUAAUUUACGCCUGUUGGAACUGGACGAGCAUAUGCUGCAGCAGAUACGCACCGGACAGACGCUCCAUUUCAAGGGUGGCUUGCACGAGAAGGUUGUGCUCUGCACGGACGAGUGCACAUACGAUGUGAAGGGUGCCGAAAUCUCCAACAGUUUAUUAUUGGUGCCCGAUUUGAAGUUUGGUGCAGCAACCAGCACGUCACCUUUGAGGAGUCCGCGCACUGGGAAUGCGAAUACGUCGCUUGAGCGCAGUCUGAACGACAGCGCCGAUGAUGAUUUGGAGGUGCCGCGCACGCUGGAGCAGAGGCAGGUGUUGACUAUAUUCCACGAUUACUAUGAAUGCCGCGAGAUCCGUCCACGUUAUCGCAAGCUGGGCGAACUGCUGCAACUCACCCGGUAUUCGGGGCCAGAGAACGAGUAUUGCGUUGAGCGCAAGCUGAUGUUUAGUUUCCAGCAGCUGCUGGACACGAUUCAGUGCAGCCGGGCACAGUUUAUCGAGGGACUCCAUCAAUGUCGCGCCUUGGAGUUCGAUAGCCACAUCCGUAUACUGGACUAUGAGUAUGAAUAUCGCAUUAUUAACCUGAUGCUCGGGCUGAUUGCGGAAAACUCCUGGGCCCUGGAUGAGGUGGAUCGCGGCGAGACAAUCUAUGCCAUGCAAGGCAUUGCACCCGAACCCAUUGUCUCGGGACUUUUUGAUAUCUAUGCGAAGCAAAGUGAUCGCUGCCCCAGCAAAUUCCGUUACGAGGAGUCGUUGGUGGCACGCAUUGUGGCACAGAAUAUUUUGCAGCCUGGCUUGCGCUUUCGCAGCGAAGAGUUCAUGAGCACCUGGCAGGAGGCGCUGCCCGAGGGCAUGAGCUGUAAGCUGGAAUAUCUGCAUGGCUUGGGCAUCCUAGAUAAGGAAGGCGCACAGCCUUGCAUCCGAUCCCUGGCGGAGGAGCAACUGCCUCCGAACAUCAACGAUCGCAUGCGUGCCUUGUUCAAAACAAAGAGAAAGUGGACACUGGACGAAAUGGAGCCGUAUAUAGACUGCUUUACCACGCCCACACUGUCUGUAUCCCAAUUGCUGGCCAAGCACGCACGAUCUCUUACAGAAAGUGGAACACGUUAUUUUGUAUCCAAGCACUGAGAGUAUCACAAUAAUAAUAAUAAUAUAUAAUAGUAUAGUUAU